ACUCAUAAACUCAUUGAUACAAAAGCACAGUGCGAGCAUUGGUACUUACGUUGCCUUGUAAGAAAGUACCAAAUGCAAAUGGGCAAGGCAACAUUAGUAGCAUGGCUCUCAAUAUUGGUUCUGGUGGGGAUUAGUAGUAGUAGUAGUAAUACAAGUGUGAAAGCUGAGCCCAUAAAUUACAAAGAUGCUUUGGCAAAAUCUAUACUGUUUUUCCAGGGACAGAGGUCAGGAAGCCUCCCUGCUGCUGCCCAACAAAUCCGUUGGAGGACUAGCUCUGGCCUUUACGAUGGUCGCCUUGCCCAUGUGGAUUUGAGUGGAGGAUACUAUGAUGCCGGAGACAACGUAAAAUUUAAUUUCCCGAUGGCGUUCACGACAACAAUACUGUCAUGGAACACACUGGAAUACGGGAAGCGAAUGGGCCCCCAAUUAGAAAAUGCACGGGCCGCAAUUCGUUGGGCCACCGACUAUCUCCUGAAGUGUGCACGAGCGACGCCUGGUAGGCUUUACGUUGGGGUUGGAGACCCAAAUGCGGACCACAAGUGCUGGGAGAGGCCCGAAGACAUGAACACUGCCCGAUCCGUUUAUUCAGUCUCGCCCUCCAAUCCUGGCUCUGACGUGGCUGGAGAGACUGCGGCGGCGUUGGCCGCGGCUUCCAUGGUUUUCCGGAGAGUUGACCCUCAUUACUCAAAGCUUCUACUUAGCACCGCUAAGAAAGUUAUGCAAUUUGCAAUACAAUAUCGAGGCUCUUAUAGCGAUUCUCUUGGUUCUGCUGUUUGUCCAUUCUAUUGCUCAUAUUCCGGAUACAAGGAUGAGCUGCUGUGGGGAGCUGCGUGGCUAUUGAGAGCAACGAAUGAUUUUACUUACUUCAACUUCAUCAAGUCUUUGGGAGCUAGUGAUUCACCUGAUAUCUUUAGUUGGGACAACAAAUAUGCGGGUGCUUAUGUCCUUUUAUCAAGGAGGGCUUUGUUGAACAGAGAUAACAACUUUAUGCCGUUCAAACAACAAGCUGAACAAUUCAUAUGUCGAAUUUUGCCAAACUCUCCCACUUCUAGUACACAAUAUACACAAGGAGGCCUCAUGUACAAGCUACCUGCAAGUAACCUCCAAUAUGUUACUGCCAUAACAUCAUUAAUAUCUACCUAUUCCAAGUACAUAGCAGUAACUAAGCAAACUGUCAACUGUGGAAACCUUGUUGUCAGUUCAAGAACCUUGAGGAACUUUGCAAAGAGACAGGUGGACUACAUACUAGGGGUGAAUCCUUUGAAGAUGUCGUACAUGGUGGGAUAUGGUCCAUACUAUCCAAAAAGAAUUCACCACAGGGGAUCCUCAUUGCCCUCAUUGGCAAGACAUCCGCAGUCCUUUGGUUGCGAAGGUGGUUUUCAAACAUUCUUCUACUCAGCGAACCCAAACCCUAACAUUUUAACCGGAGCCGUUGUGGGAGGUCCUAACCAGAAUGAUGGCUACCCAGAUGACCGUUCUGACUACAGCCACUCAGAGCCAGCUACUUAUAUUAACGCUGCCAUAGUUGGGCCUUUAGCAUACUUUGCAGGAAGCUCCAAAUUCUAAUUAGUUGUAGAUCGAAUCUGAUUUAGGAGUACUUUACUAAUUGUAAAAAAGAUACUACAUCGUGCUCUGUUCUCCCUUAAUGGGGUUGUGCACCACAAAGAAAUCAUUUGGUGGUGUAUUUGCGCAAUUUCAAUGUAUUCACAUGGUGGUAGAAAAAGUUGGUAAUCUAAGAAUUAAUCAUGUUUGGUUUGGUGACGA